GCCCAAACUGAGUCUUGACAUCAAUCUUAGGUUACUAGUGUGAGCUAUGUAAAUAGAAUAGGAUUGUAGAUUGGAAUCAAAGUAUGACCACAAUUCAUAAACUCAAACGCUAACUAAAACAGCCUUGAAUCGGUCGCAAUGGAGCAGUUACACUCGUUAUUCGUUUUCCAGUGCAUAUUGAGUCAGAUUGCAGAGUAGUCGUUAUUCAUCGUUUCUCCCUUUUUCCAACCAUGCCCAUAUUUAGCUUUACAUUAUUUUUUAUAUUGCUUUCUGUACUUUUGUUAAUUCUCGAUAGGUGCACUUAAUCGUAGGGUAGGGACUUUGGCGGAUACAUAUAUGUAUACCAAGUAUACAUAUACUUGUCUCAGAUCUUACGUUUUGGAUGACUGAAUGAUUGAAAAUCCCUGUUAAAGAGUAAGGGGCCUUCAUUUGUGAUAGCUUUAAGUCAUUACAGUCAUAUGCAGUAUAUACCAUCACCAUUAGCAUUAAUUUUAGAUUAAAAUGAAUUAAAGCUAACUUUACUGGCUUAGUUAAAGUCGUUUUUAAUCUUGAUUUGUAUGUAAUACAGUACUACCAUAGACAGACACCAUUAGUGUAGAGCCUGGCACAUAUAUAUCUUGGCUAAAGUCAUACUACAUUAGCACGGCGUGAUGGGAGUAAUUGAGAUCGGAAUAGUGUAGCAGCAAAUGAUAAAAAGACUACAAAGUGUAUUUUCAAAAAUUUUUAGGAGCUCAUGUCUUUUCAUCUGAUCACCUGAACAUAGUCUGGUUCUGUAUUACAUAUUAGUAUGCUUUAAAUUGUCUAUUGUUUGCCAAAGUUGUUAUUUUCUCUGCCCAUAAAGUAACUAGACGUCUUAAGAGCCACCCAUUCAAGCGUUUCAUUCUGUCAAAGUUUAUCCCAUUUUAUCACACGACUAGUGAGUAUUACUCAGUUAUAUCGAGCUGCAAACUCUAUGCAGUAUCAGCGAUAUAUACAUACAGAUUUUUAAGCAAUAAGUCUGCUGUUCAUAUUUCGAAUGACACCUGCCAGUUUUUCAAUUUGUGUGCUUAAUGAGAAAUGUAUACUCUUGUGUAACUUCAUCUGUUUUUAGUAUCCAGAAGUACUUCAUUUUUACUAUCACAUUUCUAUCUCCAAGUUAUGUUUAGGUUCAAUCGAAAUGAAAAUGGAUUGCCCAACCUACAUUGUGUGCAACCAUCAAAGGUAUUGGUUACAAAAUGGUCUUGGCAAGCAGUUCCCAUGUGGGCUAACUUCCCUGUGCAACAUGACGGUCAAACAAUUAAUCUCAUGGGGAAUAAGAGCAAAGUGGAAUCACUUACUGUUUGUGAUAUUACAGAUGCUUCGAUUUCGAAACAAAAUUCUUUCGAUGAACCAUCCAGUUCCUUUGUUACUCCACACUCAAGUGCUCCUCCAUUGUCUACUGUUGUUCAGCCUGAGGAUGAAAUAAGACUAGUUGAGUUUCUUAAAGUUCAUGGAUUUCGGUGGUAUCAAGUUGUGAUAUUUCUCAUUUCUAUAAUCAGUUACCUCGCAGACAUUGCAUCCGAUGCAUACUUGGUUUAUACGUAUUAUAUUCAGGAAGAUUACUACUGGUCUAGUUUAACAAUGAUUUUCAUGGUUGUUCCCGCUCUCUUGAUGUCCAGUUUCAGUCUUGCGUGGUAUUUCAUUGACUAUAAAGUUCGAGUUGAUCCUCCGCGCAGCUAUCGAGCAUGGACGUUUAGACUGUUGUUUCAUGGACUCCAGUUGGCCCCACUGGUGAGGGCAGCUGAUGCUAUCUACUACGGUAUAGCAAGUCGACAACCCGGGUUAAGUCUUCGUGUAGCUGCACAAUAUACGCAGUUGAUGCUUUAUGAAGAUGCUGAUUGUGCUAUGCUUCGUUUGAUUGAAUGUUUCACUGAAUCCGCUCCACAACUUCUGUUACAGUUGUACAUUAUUUUAACGCAACCAUAUCCUGCACCUAAAUUUCAAAGUAUGUUUCUGUCCUAGAAUAAUGAAGCUAAUAAUAUUUUAAAUUGAUAUCAUGAAUGGAUGAAUGUUAGAUCACCGUCGAAAACCUGGAAGCACUGGACGGCCGUUUCGUCCUAGUAUGGGACUCCUAAACAGUGCGCAUCCACGAUCCCGCACGCGAGAUUCUAACCCAGGACCUCCAUUCACACAGUCACUCACGGAAGACAAUGGUGGACGGUCGCGCAAUAUCGUGUAUUGGUUGAAUUUAGACAUGAACACCGUUGGAUUGCCGGCUAAGUGGUCUAGAGGUUAUGCGUUCGCCCGCGAGACCCGAAGUCCUUGGUUCGAGUUUCUCGUGCGGAGUCAUAGAUUCGCGCUGUUGAGGAGUCUCAUACUAGGACGAAAUGGCCGUCUAAUGCUUCCAUGUUUCUGGUGGUGGUCUAGCAACCAUCCAUUCAUGAUAUCAAUUUAAACUCAACAAUCUCCGCAACCCAAUAUUAUUGAUAUUUCGUAAAUUUCUGUGUCAUGACCCUGUUAGUUGCUUAUAAAAAACUAUGUAGAAUAUGUUGCCUUUCAGUCAUAAUUCAUAUUUUAUAAACACUUGAUUUUACUCAUUAUAUCAUUUGCUAUAUCGCUAUGUGUAAUAAUUAUAAAGGUGACAAUAAAUCAUUAUGGGAAUUUAUGUUUAAGACUAAUGUGUUUUAAUUUGCAGUUUAACGGUUGCCAUUAGACCAUAUUUCUUAUAUUAUUUGUGACUAUUGCAAAGAAGAACAGACACACUUGGACGUGAUGGCCGUCCACUGCUUCCAGGUUUUCCAUGUUGGUCUAACUUAAAUCGUUUCAUAGUUCAAUGAAUAAUUGUAUUAUACGAUAAUAGAGUGUUCUUUAUGCUUCGAGAGAAUAGUCUUUCAUCAGUAGUUAUGUGAAUUUUUAAGUCGGGUUAAACUACUUCAAAUUCCAUUUCGACUUGAAAGUUUCGUUAAACCCAUUUUCAUAGACUCAAAAAUUAUCAACACUCGUUUCUUUUAUCAUGUUUGAGUUACGUUCUAUAAACUUCCAAGUACGUUUCUUGCAUUUGUUUAUAAUGUUUACCGUAUCGUAUUUCCUUGAUUUUUAUUUGGAACAAUUUCUGGAUGAGUCUUAGCCAUUAGAAGUAGGAAAUAUGCGUAAAUUGUAAGCAUUCAUGCGUAGGUAUCUAAACGAUACUGUUUGGCUGUUGCGAAACGGACAAGGGAUCGACGUCAUUGUCAUAUUGUGGUGUGCGCUACUUAUAUACACAUAAGUAGUAUAUAACAAUAGGCGGGAAUAGAAUGUAUUUCAGUAGAAGAUCGAGAAGGAAAGAACGAGAACGGAAAGCAAUUGGUAUGAAAAUGCAAAACCAACGAAAUCUGAGACGACGGAGUGAUAUUUGCAAAAGAAACAGUCGAGUUUGAGACAAUGGAUUGAUAUUUUGAAAAUAAAGAUUUCCUGUAUGGUUCUCAGAUUUUAGUGAGAUAUUCUGCAAUUUCGUGUUCAAAUAAAUUCGGUUGUCCUCACCUGUGUUCUCCUUCACUGCAAUAUGAAGAGGUGACUUAUUGGUUGACAUUCAAAUUCCAAGCACUUGGUCGCUCUUUCGACCCUCGCUCCACUUACUUUAGGCAGCCAGAUAGAAUAAUUAACCUUCAUACAUAAAGUGUAGCCCAAAGUUGAGUACGCAAAUCUUUACUUGGUAAAUGAUUCAACUUAGGUGAAUAUGGUAAGUACAUAAAUGUUGAAUAAAUUAUGAUUUGAUGCAUACUGGGUAUAUAACUUUCGUGACGAAUAAAAAUUAGUAAAAUGUAAUCAGUUUUAUCUAAUGAAUGUUGGAAAUCUUUAAAAUUGUUAUUUAUUUAUUUAACAGUUUCAGACCGUCGUUUCGAUGUUUUUUACAUUGCUGAUAAUUUUUCUUUCUGUUUUGUUGCGGGUUGGCACGGCUUAAGAAUAGUUAUUUUUUAAUACGAAGUUUUUCAUUGAUAUCUCUGUUUGUAUGUGAUAGUAUAGUAAUUGUUAAAAAGCCCAAUGAAUUGGUUACCGUUUACAAUGAAACAGUUUCACCUAUUACUCUUAAGGAACCUCAAGUGGUUUUUUACAACUUUUCCGACCAAUUUUCAUUUUCGUUUAGUUUGUUUGUUAUUUGUUCAAUUUUCUAACAUUCGAGAUUGUAAUUGAGAAUCCGUUAGUAGUUAUCGUUGUUGAACACUCAUUUGUUCCUUUAAUACAUUAGCAAAUUUUGCCAUUCGUCUAUGAAAGAAUGUAUGUUAUUUAAAUUUCUGAUAAGCCUUCACUAAAAGACCACUAUUUUUCUGAACCGCCGUGC